GCACCUGGGGCGGAGGCUUCCAUCGCGCGGGUGCUGUUCAGUCUCCGGUCUUGACGUGGAGGCCAGUGAGCGCAGGAAAAAAUCCUCCAAAAAGAAAAAGAAAAAAGCCUCCAAACUGAUUUGUGUAGUCUCCAGGUGAAAUUUGUUGUGCCAGGUGUUUUGCGUAUGGUUUAUGCUUCACAGGAAGUACUGACAACAGGCGUUCUUUUCUUACCUGUGCGAACUGAAGCUCAGAGGAACUUCGCGUGUGGUCACUGCGCUCAAAGUUCUCAUUUUAAUCCAAGAGAAAGCAGUGAAAGGAGUACCUACGGAUCUAUGGAGGAGGAGACAGGGUGGUUUAAGGAAGGAACACUGAACCGAGGGUUUCUGUUUACCCUGAAACCGAGGAGCUGUGCCCUCCGAGAAAAUUUAGUUGAUCUUUCUAUUGCCAGUAUGGGCACAAAAUCGGAAUUAUUAUAAUAUGGACUGUUUACAAGUUCGUCAUUUCACUGCUCCACUUUCCUUCCGCUGAAAUUGCCCGUGGAAACGGGGGUUAGUCGGAUAGGUUACCCCCUUGUCUCUGAAACUGCAGGAAGAGGAAGGGACCUGCUCAUCCCCAGUACGUCUACCUGACCGGUGUGGAUAAGUUCUUUCUGUAGUAAGAGUUAAGGCUGUACAAGGCAAAAGAAAUGGAAAAAAUAGUCCCCAUAUCCAUAUGGAAUUGCAAGAGGCCCUGAAUAGCCAAAACAAAUCUGAAAAAGAACAAGUCUGCCUCAGAUUGGCCAGAAUUCGAUGCUUUGUCCUUACCCACAGAGAUGCUCAUUCCUUCAGUCUGAAGUUGGGCAGGGACACUGAUAUUAAUAGGCUCCGGGAGGUCUAGCCCAACAAGCUGCAGUCCAGCUGUGGAGGUGCAUCUUCAAGUGCACUGGCGCCCAGCCUCAGCCUCUUUUCCAGGACUUGACCUCACGUGAUUCCCCUGUCCUGCAGAUUCCCGUUGGAAUAUCCCAUUACCUCCACUGUUUCCUGCGGCCCACUAAGGAGAAGGGAAAGAGAACUAAUGGUUAUGUGCCUCUUCAAUGUUUUUUUGUUUUGCUUUAAAGAUUUUAUUUAUUUAUUCAUGAGAGAGACAGAGAGAGAGGCAGAGACAUAGGCAGAGGGAGAAGCAGGCUCCAUGCAGAGAGCCUGAUGUGGGACUCGAUCCCGGGACUCCAGGAUCACACCCCAGGCUGAAGGCAGAUGAUGAACCGCUGAGCCACCCAGGCGUUCCCUCUUCAAUGUUUUGAAUGCUGCAGUAGCUACUUGGAUAAUGCCACUGAAGACAGCCCUCUGCAGGAGAGGAAGAGCCUGGGACUACAAAUCCAGAGGCAUGGGUUCCCUUGUGGGCUUUGUAGUCUCUAGGAGUUUGUGUCUCAGUUAAUGAAUAAGGAAAUUGGAGCAGAGAUACACCUCCAUAACUAUGAAGUGUUUUGAGAUCCCUAAAUAAGGACUCAAUUACUGGAAUUGUCAACUCUGCUGAUUUAUGUGCACAUUUCUCUUCCACUAUGAGCAGACCAAUUGUAUUGCACAUUUGUCUGGCAUUCUGUAGCCUUGUACUUCUCAACUUUGCCACACAAUGUGUGGCCUUCCCCAAAAUGGAAAGAAGGGAGAUAGCACAUGUUCAUGUAGAAACGGGGCAGCCUGAGAGGAUGAACACAGAUGAUCUAGAAAAUAAGUCUAUUACGUCAAAGUGCGCUCCCCAGUUGGUGGUCUCUGAAGAACCAGUGAUGGUGUUAGCAGGACCAUCAGCAACAUCAUUAAAUAAAGUAUUUCCUACUAACAAAGAAGCUCGUCCCAUAGGAGCUGGGCUCAUGCAGCCUAAUAGCCCUGGCAUUUACACUGCUACUGAGACAGCAGUCCCUGCAAGGUUUGGUUCCAGCCAGCCAGAGAGGGUGUCUCCUGAAAGCCGACUUUCCAAGGCCAUGCUAACCAGUCCCAUUACUGCAACUGCUCGUCUGCAUAUCGAUAAGAAGGAGGGACACUUCAGUAGUACCAUCAUUCAGCGCAUUGGAGAGGGGACCACAGAAGCAACACAGGGUUUUCUGAAGUAUGUGGAUGAUCAGUUGUUUGCAACUGAAAGUCAGGACGGAGUUAGUCUGGGAUAUUUACCUUCAUCUGCUGUGGAUACUAAAGAAAUGCUAACUGCUAAUCCAAGGACUGAGAAAUCUGAAGCAGGCACAGAACAUGGGGCAGCUUUUUUUCUUGGUGCUGAGCCCAUAGCAGGCACGGAGCCUGGGAGCCCCACGCCUGAUAGGGAGAAACCUUUGCAGAUGACAGCUGAUCAUACCCAGACUACUGCCACCAAGUACUGGCUCACAACCUCCGAGUACACCCUGAGUGUGGAGCCAGGAACUGACAGGCUGCUGGGAGCCACGGGAGUCACAGUGAGUGUCAGCACAGCUGUUCCAGCUGCCUCUGACCUAAGUGAUGAGUGGGAUGAUACCAAAUUAGAGAGUGUAAGCCAGAUAAAGACCCCCACACUUGGAGACAACAUAGAGACUCAGGUGGGAAUGGAAAUGUCUCAGACAGCCCAAGAGAUCGAUAAUGACCCUAUGGAAGGUAUGGAAGAGGGCAAACCUGUGACAGAGGCUGCAGAUGUGGCUCUGGGGCUGUCAGAAGGGGAAGCACACUUGGGGACAGCCCUGUUAAUGGCGCAUGGGGAGGAGCGAUCAUCUGCCGUCACCGAUCAGAAUUCCUUUAUUCCCACAAGUCCUAUGGAAGAUAGGAAAGUCUCUGUUGUGAGCCUCUUCCAAGAUACUGCAGACUUCAUGGAGUCUACUAAGGAAAAUGAUCCCAUGUUUUUCUUAGAGACCACUGUUCCCAUCUCAGAAUAUGAAUCUGAGGCGCAUCAACCAUUGGGAAAUACAUUGAAAGACAUCAUCACUCAAGAGAUGACAACAGCUGUUCAAGAACCAGAAGCCACUUUAUCAUUGGCAACACAAGAGCAGCAGGUUUUUACCCUUGAGGUUGCUGGAGAAAAUGGUAACACUGAGGAAGGAAAAGAUUCCCCCUUCACCACAUCUGGUGUUCCUGCUGUUACUCAGCUGUCGAGGAGAUGGGAGCCUCUGUCCACUACAGUUUCAACUACAGCUGUGCCUCUGUCUUUCGAAGUUACUUCUGCUCUGGAAGAUCUAAUGGACACUGUCACAGGGCCAAACGAGGAAUUGUUCACACCAGUUUGGGGCUCUCCAGUGACUCCUCCUGGAAUAAUGGAGGAAGCACCCAGCCUUUUCCCAGCGCUUCCUGAUUCUGAGACGUCCUCGGAGAGAAGAACCGCUGUCCCAUCCAUUAGCCAAGUUAAUACAGCUGCCUCAUUUGGCCUGGACCAACUUGAAUCUGAAGGGGACAGAAGCACUUCUCCAGAGAAUGAAAUAGUUUUCUCAAUGGGAUAUGAGCAAGACUUGCAUUUAUUAGACAGCAGACAACCAAGAAAGGGAGAAGAAGAUGAGGAUGAAGAGGAUGAGGAGGAGGAAGAGGAAGAAGAGGAAGAUGAGGAAGAAGAUGAAGAAGAUAAAGAAGGAGAGACCCUGGAUGAGAGCUUGGAUGGUGAUGCUGAGCUGCCUGGGUUUACUCUCCCUGGCAUCACGUCUCAAGAACCUGGCUUGGAGCAGGAAAAUCUGGGCCCGUUGGAGGGAGCUACCUACCAGGUGCCAGACGCUAUCGAGUGGGAACAGCAGAAUCAGGGCCUGGUGAGAAGCUGGAUGGAAAAACUAAAAGAUAAGGCUGGCUACAUGUCUGGGAUGCUGGUUCCUGUAGGCGUCGGGAUAGCCGGAGCCUUGUUCAUCUUGGGAGCACUCUACAGCAUUAAGGUCAUGAAUCGCCGAAGGAGAAACGGCUUCAAAAGGCAUAAAAGAAAGCAGAGAGAAUUCAACAGCAUGCAAGAUCGUGUCAUGCUCUUAGCCGACAGCUCUGAAGAUGAGUUUUGAAUCAGAUGGGAAUUUCAUUGGGAUACUCAACUGUGUUAUUAUUUUAUUUCUUAUUUUGGGGCAAAAAAAGAACAGCAUCCUGCCACAUCACUGCUGUCAGGCCAUCAGGCUUAUUAUCUAUUGGGCAGUAGAUUUCUCUUAUACUGAGCAGGAAAGGCAUGAUGUAGACUUACUGUAAUAUGCAGUGUUUGUUUUUAAUUCUGUAGUGAAUGUUCUACAACCAUAGGCUACAACUCAUCAAUAUGCAGUGUAUAUGUUGUUCAUUAGAAGUUGCUAGGUAAAUAUUUUGUAUUUUUGCAAAGGGCCUUUUCCUUGAUUUACCUGCACUAAGUAUAAUGAUUAUUGCUGCCAAAGCAUGUUGACUCUGAAAUAGAAAUCUUAACAGAAUGGCUCAUGAUGACUGCAUUUGGCCUACUUGAAGUGGUAGGCUUCUGGGCCACGGUACAUCCUACAUUUGUAUCAAAACUAGCAGCAAGCUGGAAUGAAGAUUUCUUGGUGCAUUAGGAUAAUAUGUAGAUUUGUAUCUAUCUUGAAUUAUAUUCUCUAGUCUCUCAGUUUUAUUGUUUUGCAUCUUCUGUCUUAUUCUCUGCAGGAAAAAAAAUGCACCAGAAAUAAUGCAUUAAAUGGACUUCUCAGUCUUAAUGUAAACUUGCUCUCUUAAGUAGUGUAAUUGAGUCCAACAGAUGUGUCAAUAGAUGCUUAUAUGUUUAUCACUAA